AUGGACAUCAAUACUAGGAUUGAAGAACUUCAGAGGCAGCUAAAAGAAGCAGAGGAGAGGGCGGAACAGGCAGAGCGCAUAGCUGAAGAUGCAAAGGGCAUAGCUGAAGACGCAAAAGCCAGAGCCGAAGAGGCAGAACAUCUCCGUGAAAAUGAGCAACGACUUCGACAAGCCCUGGAGAACAGAAUCAACCUCACAACCUUCGAGACCUUCCUUCGAUCCUGCCACGAGUACAUAACCGUACCGCUUAACAUUCAACCGAAGAAGUCCAAAACUACAAAGGGCUCGAUCACGACCCCUACUGGUCGCUACUGUCCCACCACACUUUGCCGAUGGACAGAUUUUCCCCGUCUGCGCAACGAGCUCUUCAACAGGGUAUUCUCUCUCUUUCAUCCAACUGAAGCACCCCCAUUAGAAGUGUUCCCAUCCACUGAGGUGGUGAGGGGUGUCGGUAACCUUGUCUCGCGUCGACAACUAGGCAGCGAGCUCGACCUCUUGAGCUAUGAGCGAUUCGCCGUUGAAGAACAUGUCAUCUCCAUUAUGCAGGAACUGCUAAAGCUUGAUACUGGCACCCACCUUCCUUUGCUCGGGUCGGGCAUAUCCUUUGAAAAUCAUGCCAAUACCCUCAGUGACGAGCUGGAGCUAACACCGCAGAAGCAUCAGGGCUGGAGGCCUCGAUCCGAUCAGCUAUGCGUGUUUCGAAAAGAUGACGAGGUUGAGACUUUGCUGUUCAUCAUUGAAUACAAAGCUGGCCAUAAACUUCUGCCUGCAAAUUUACGGGCCGGGCUGCAACCCUCAAACUUCUGGGAAGAUGUUGUGCAGGCUCACCUGAUCCCCACUGAUCAAGAGGAAAAACUCAUUUACAAUGCAAAGCAGAUCACUGGUGCUGCCAUCACUCAGGCAUUUGACUACAUGAUUAAAGAAGGGGUUGAAUAUGGGUAUUUGACUACUGGUGAAGUUUUUAUUUUCCUUCACAUCAAAGAAGAUGACCCAACUACACUAUAUUACCACCUCUCUGAACCUGUUCGUGACAUCGAAGCUCAGGAUGGCAACCCUUUUCCAUCCCCUAACACAGCAGUAUCAUCGGUCCUUUCGCUAUGUCUACUGGCCUUGGGUUCACAGAAAAGGGACCAAGAGUGGCGAUCUCAUGCAUUUUCCAUUCUUCACACAUGGGCUAUUGAUGUAGAGUACAUCUUGGCGAAGAUGCCAGCUGAGGAGAGAAGCCGAACGCCAUCUGGGUCGAGCUUUGUCCCAUCAAGCCCGCUUUCCAGUCCUAUCCAACAGGAACAAUCUCGUCGAUCACGUCGACUGCAAGGUCGCUGUGCGGACUCGGAUGACACGGCCGAAGAUUCACCCUCGGAUAGCUCUGAGGGGGACGAUCCCAGCAACCGUAAUGCAAUGAGCAAAUGGGGAUCCAAACGAUUCGCAGUUGUUAUAUCUCCACCUCGUCCCCCUGCAGCAAAACGACAGCAGCAGUCGCAGGAGGAGCGCAGACGUAAUCGGGAGCCGGAACGUCAAUACUGCACACAAAGGUGCCUUGCUGGUUUGGCCAAUAGGGCUGCUUUAGAUCAAGCAUGUCCCAACAUCACUCUUCACCGAACAAUGAGCCAGGAUGACAAUCAUCCGAUUUUUACAGCGAGAGUUGCUGCACUACUUGAAGCUCAGCUCAACAACGACCGAGAUAAUGGAUGCAGACCGUUGAAGUUCUUUGGGGCCUACGGUAUUCUCUUUAAGAUGACACUGGCCAAAUACGGCUAUACUUUCGUGGGGAAAGGAACGAUCGAAGGAUUGAUACAUCAUCUCCAACAUGAGGCUAAAGUAUAUGAAUACCUCAGCAAGCUUCAAGGUAGUUUGAUUCCGGUCUGCCUAGGGAGUGUUAACCUAAAAGAGCCAUUCAUCACUGAUGGUUUGGAUCGGAUUGUCCACUAUCUGCUCCUCUCCUGGGCUGGAGACAGCUUAGACUAUUCGCAGCAUUGUGACUUUCAUCAGGAGGCGAGAAGACUGCAAAAGGAGUUGGGUCGGUAUGGUGUGGUCCAUGGGGAUGUUCGUCCUGCCAAUGUCACCUGGAAUUCAGAGUUAUCCCGACCAAUGCUGAUCGACUUCGACAAAGCGCGGCUGGUGCGGAAAAGACCAUUAACCGGCUCAGGGCCGAAAGCCACUCAUAGCCAUGCCAUUAAGCGGAAACGGCGAAGCCUUUUCCAAGUUGACGUAUAA